CUCUUCUAAACCGUACCUUAAAGAUUAAAUGGUGAAUAUACACGGGGAAAUUUUUUUAAUAAACAACGCGUUCUCUAUUAAGGUAUUGAUUGAUAUAAGUAAGCAAGCGGGUGUAACACAAAAUAAAAUAUUAUAAAAGGCUUCUUCUAUAGGUUGGUAAGCGGCAAUCCAGCUGCCAUUGCCUAUUUGACUUCCCCCAUUCGAUCAUGGUGAGCUCGUCUUCUCUCUUCUCCUCUUAUCUCUUUCUCUACCAUUUUCUUUUGCUUUAAAGCUCUCUCAAUCAUGAUCAUGAAGACCCCCAUCACAGCAUUCCAUUCAUCCUCAUGAAUAAUUCUACAUCAGGUUUCUUCUCUUUCCCUUUCUGAUUCUCAACACUCUUACCACAUUUCUACUUUUGUGUUGUAUAUCGAUUUUUGUUCUACAUUCUUCCAAAUGUCAGGGAAUCUAGUUGAAAUGUGAUGAUUUUUGUGUUGAUAACUUGAUAUCUGUGAAGAGGCUGGUUUCAUCUAAGGCAAUGAAAUGUUUCUACUUCAGCAAAGACAAAACUCAGGAUGAUGAAGCUAAGACUAGAAAGUUUGGUUCAGCUACGAUGGCUAGAGGAGGAUCAGGGUCUGAGUUUAAUUCAGAUACAAGUACUGCUACUUCCAUUACUUCUUCCUUGCACGUCCUCUCAGAGACACACAGUAAUAAUCUCAAAGUAUUUGUCCUCGAUGACCUUAAAACCGCUACCAAGAACUUCAGCCGCUCCUUGAUGAUCGGUGAAGGUGGCUUUGGUGGUGUCUUUCGUGGCGUGAUUCAGAACCCUCAAGAUUCUCGUAAAAAGAUUGAUAUUGCAGUUAAACAACUUAGUAGAAGAGGUCUACAGGGGCAUAAAGAAUGGGUGACAGAGGUAAAUGUAUUGGGAGUAGUGGAGCAUCCGAAUCUGGUGAAGCUGAUCGGUUAUUGCGCUGAGGAUGAUGAGAGAGGGAUCCAACGGCUACUUGUUUACGAAUACGUACAAAACAGAAGUGUUCAAGACCAUUUAUCCAAUCGUUUUAUAGUCACUCCUCUUCCUUGGUCCACCAGACUGAAGAUUGCUCAAGACACUGCUAGAGGACUCGCUUAUCUUCAUCAAGGCAUGGAGUUUCAGAUCAUCUUUAGGGAUUUCAAAUCCUCUAAUAUCCUUCUUGAUGAGAACUGGAAUGCAAAACUCUCGGAUUUCGGACUGGCUCGAAUGGGUCCUUCAGAUGGAAUCACUCACGUUUCCACCGCGGUUGUAGGGACCAUUGGUUAUGCAGCACCGGAAUACAUCCAAACAGGACACCUCACGGCUAAGAGCGACGUGUGGAGCUACGGAAUCUUUUUAUAUGAACUCAUCACAGGAAGACGACCUUUUGACCGUAACCGCCCAAGAAACGAGCAGAACAUCUUGGAGUGGAUCAGACCACACUUAUCCGACAUAAAGAAGUUCAAAAUGAUCAUCGACCCAAGACUUGAAGGAAACUACUACCUCAAGUCAGCAUUAAAGCUAGCUGCAGUUGCUAACCGGUGUUUGAUGGUAAAAGCGAAAGCAAGGCCAACAAUGAGUCAGGUUUCAGAGAUGUUAGAAAGGAUAGUGGAAACAUCAUCAGAUGGUGCUCCUUCAGGACUGCCAUUGAUGAAAAGCUUGACACCUAAAGAUGCAUUCGAAGCCUCAAGAAGGGAGAGAGUUAAGAGAAGAUUUGUUGAACUGUUAAUUGGAGAAAAUGGUUGUCCCAAUUUACCUACUUGGUCUCAUAAACUUGUUACUUCUAUUUGAUUUUUUUGAGAGAACAAACUGAUAAUCACACUGCUUGUGUUAUGCCAAUAUUAAUUGCCAUUAUAAUCACUUGUCGUUUCUAUAAAUAAAACGGCCCGCAGUUUUGCCCACAAUAAA